UGUUUAAACUUUCUAAUGUCGAGAGAAUAUAUAACACGCUAGGUAACAAAUCCGUCAAUGUAUUAUCACGUUUGGUAAAGGUUUUAACUAUGUGUUAUUUUGGGGUGAAACCGAGUGAGUGAAGAACGUGUUAAAACAUUUUUUUUACAAGUCACAUAACUAGACUUUGGGUUUAUCUGAGUGUAUGUACAUAAUUUAGUCAAAGUCAUUUCAUAAAGAUUCCAUUUAUUUAAGUUCGUUUUUACAUGUUAUUGGUUUUGUGUAAAAUGUUUGAGAGCUGGUAAAUAAGCCUCGUCCGAACCACCCUGUUCUCGCGAGUUUACAUAAUCUGUUUCGUUAAUGAAAACUCGCGAGAUCAGGAUGGUUCGGACGAGGCAAGUCAAAUGGCGGGAACGAUUUCGGUGGUCUUUCUAUGAGUUUAUUCGUGGUGAAAUGGCGACAUGAGGCUGUGUGAUAGUGUCAAAAUAGAGGGAAGCUAACUGAAGUUAACCUUCACCAUUUGGAGAGAGAGGCCAACUGCAUGGAAUGGCGUCGAUUAAUGCAAUGAAUAGGAGCACGUGUCAAACUCAUUGCAUGGAGGACCAAGUGUCUACCGACUCAGAUUAAGUCUGAGGCCAGUAACAUCAACAGUGAGGACAAACUCAGCCUGCCUCCUUCCACACUGAGUAGAAACCUACAGUCACUGGGUCCUGAUUGUGACAGUGGAGCCCAGUUUGCUCUGCAGGAUCCAGAGAUGGCAUCAGUGAAGCUGGAAGACUGCAGUCAAACACUGGAGCUGAAUGUCAACAUUAAAGAUGAAGAAGAGGAGGAGAAGAUUAGGACAACUGUUAGUCACGGAUACCAUGUUGAGACAUUCUCCACAUCCAGAGAGCAACAGCAGGAAGAUCAGAGAGCUAAGAGGUCUCAUCACUGCCCACAUUGUGAAGAGACUUUCCCAUUUCUAUCAAAGCUAAAAAUACACCUAAAAAUACACACAGGAGAGAAGCCUUACUCCUGCUCUGACUGUGGAAAAUGUUUUAAAACAUUAGGUCAUAUAAAGGUUCACCAGAGAACACACACAGGAGAGAUGCCUUAUUCCUGCUCUGACUGUGGAAAACGUUUUAAAACAUCAAAUGAGCUAAAGGUUCAUCAGAGAUCACACACAGGAGAGAAGCCUUACGUCUGCUCUGACUGUGGGGCGAGUUUCUCUCAGCUGGGCAACUUAAAAACACACCAACGUAUACACACAGGAGAGAUGCCUUAUUCCUGCUCUGACUGUGGAAAACGUUUUAAAACAUCAAAAGAGCUAAAAGUUCACCAGAGAACACACACUGGAGAGAAGCCUUAUUCUUGCUCUGACUGUGGAAAACGUUUUAAAACAUCAAAAGAGCUAAAAGUUCACCAGAGAACACACACUGGAGAGAAGUCUUUCUUCUGCUCUGACUGUGGAAAAUGCUUCAAAACAUCAACUUAUCUAAAAGUUCAUCAGAGAACACACACAGUAGCGAAGCCUUAUUCCUGCUCUGACUGUGGAAAAUGUUUUCGAACAUUAUAUGAUAUAAAAGUUCAUCAGAGAAUACACACAGGAGAGAAGCCUUAUUCCUGCUCUGACUGUGGAAAACAUUUUAAAACAUCAAAAGAGGUAAAAGUUCAUCAGCGAACACACACAGGAGAGAAGCCUUAUUCCUGCUCUGACUGUGGGGCGAGUUUCUCUCAACUUUCCCAUUUACAAUCACAUGAACGUGUACAUACAGGGGAGAAGCCAUACUCCUGCUCUGUCUGUGGAAAAUGUUUUAAAAAAUCAAAUGGGCUAAAAGUUCAUCAGAGAACACACACAGGAGAGAAGCCUUUCUUCUGCUCUGACUGUGGGGCGAGUUUCUCUCAACUUUCCCAUUUACAAUCACAUGAACGUGUACAUACAGGGGAGAAGCCAUACUCCUGCUCUGUCUGUGGAAAAUGUUUUAAAAAAUCAAAUGGGCUAAAAGUUCAUCAGAGAACACACACAGGAGAGAAGCCUUUCUUCUGCUCUGACUGUGGGGCGAGUUUCUCUCAACUUUCCCAUUUACAAUCACAUGAACGUAUACAUACAGGAGAGAAGCCUUUCUUCUGCUCUGACUGUGGGGCGAGUUUCUCUCAACUUUCCCAUUUACAAUCACACGAACGUAUACAUACAGGAGAGAAGCCUUUCUUCUGCUCUGACUGUGGGGCGAGUUUCUCUCAGCUGGGCACCUUAAAAACACACCAACGUAUACACACAGGAGAGAAGCCUUAUUCCUGCUCUGACUGUGGAAAAUGUUUUAAAACAUCAACUGAGCUAAAAGUUCACCAGAGAACACACACAGGAGAGAAGCCUGCUUACGUCUGCUCUGACUGUGGAACUAGUUUCUCGCAACUUUCCAACUUAAAAUCACAUGAACGUAUACAUACAGGGGAGAAGCAUUACUCCUACUCUGACUGUGGAAAAUGCUUCAAAACAUCAACUGUGCUAACAGUUCAUCAGAGGACAGACACAGGAGAGAAGCCUUAUUCCUGCUCUGACUGUGUAAAUGCUUCACAACAUCAACUAAGCUAAAAGUUCAUCGGAGAACACGUACAGGAGAAAAGCCUGCUUACGUCUGCUCUGACUGUGGAACUAGUUUCUCGCAACUUUCCAACUUAAAAUCACAUGAACGUAUACAUAAAGGGGAGAAGCCAUACUCCUGCUCUGUUUGUGUAAAAUGCUUCAAAACAGCAACCGAGCUAAUAGUUCAUCAGAGAACACACGCAUGAGAGAAGCCUGCUUACGUCUGCUCUGACUUUUGGGUGAGUUUCUCUCACCAUAGCAACUUAACACACCAAUGUAGUCACACAGGAGAGAAGUCUUACUCCUGCUCUGUAGAAGGGUGGGCGUGUAACUCAAACUUCUAGCCAAAGGCUGCUGUGUUUAGAAUCUCAUCAAGGAGGACUGUAGCAUUUUAGCUAAUCAGCAACUACUUACUACUUUUUAGCUAUUACUUAGCAUGUUAGCAUAUCAUACAUAUUACAAGUUCGUAACAUAUUGUAUGAAUAGCAAUGCGUAAAAUAACGUAAGAAUUGUAAUUCGUAACAUACGAUACAUCCUAGAAGUCGUAUUAUACUGAACAAUUUAAACACAACAAUUUCAAAGAUGUAUAGUUUGUAUAAGGAAAUCAGUCAUUUUAAAUAAGAGGCCAUAAUCUAUGGAUUUCACAUGACUGGGCAGGGGCUCCGCCAUGGGUGGGACUUGGGAGGGCAUAGGCCCACUUGGGAGCCAGGCCCAUUCAAUCGGCAUGAGUUUUUCCCCACAAAAGGUCUUGAUUACAGACAGAAAUACUACUCAGCCCCCUCCCAGACAAUCCUGCAGGCGAAGAGGUCCUGGGCUGCCGUGGUUACAUGUGAUCUGCAGUUGUGAGGCCGGUUGGAUGUACUGCCAAAUUCUUUAAAAGGACGUUAGAGGUGGCUUAUGGUAGAGAUAUACAUAUUGAAUUCUCUCCUGCAGUCAUCAUGCAAUUGCACAUUCCCUGAACUUGAGAUAUAUGUGACAUUGUGUUGUGUGGCCUUUUAUUGUCCCCCAGCACAAGGUGCACUUGUGUAAUGAUAAUGCUGUUUUAUCAGCAUCUUGAUAUGCCACACCUGUCAGGGGGAUGGAUUAUCUUGACAAAGGCUGAAAUGCUCACGAACAGGUAUGUAAACAAAGUUGUGCACAACAUUUGAGAGAAAUUAGCUUUUUCUGCACAUGGAACAUUGCUGGAACGUUUUAUUUCAGCUCAUGAAACCAAAGCUUUACAUGUUUAGUUUAUAUUUUAGUUCAGUUUAUAUCGGUAUUGUAAUGUAACCUAACAUACUAAAUGGAGUGGCACGGAAGUUUUUGUAAUACAUAAUACGUUUUGCUCUGAGACCAAGUUGUCCCUCUGCAGUAUUCUGUGGGAAGGAGCUAGUAGACACUUCUUUAAAAAACACAUUUUUGGAACCUUUAUUUAACUAGGCAAGUCUGUUAAGAACAAAUUCUUAUUUACAAUGAUGGCCUAGGAACAGUGGGUUAACUGCCUUGUUCAGAGGCAGAACAACAGAUUUUUACCUUGUCAGCUCGGGGACCUUUUGGUUACUGGCCCAACGCUCCAACCACAAGUCUACCUUCCGCCCCUAACAUGUAUCAGAUAGAGAUGGUGUGAUGAUCACUUUUCACCACUAGUUUGGGGGGAUUAUUUUACAACUUUAUUUAAUGAUACACAGUUUAUGAAAUUAAUCCAUGUGUUUAUUAAUUGUCUUUCAAACUAGAUGAGUUAUUUUAGUUACUGAUCAUGAAUGUGUUUGGAUAACUGCAUUGAAGCAAACUUUAUUGAUCUGCCAAUGAAAAAUAAAGUUACAUGAAUAUGUACUGGUCAACCUCUUCUUCUCUUUAGUAUUCAGUUCUUCAUAUUAGAUCUGACAGUAUGAAUGGUUCUUAUGGUUGUAUUCAGUUCUUCAUAUUAGAUCUGACAGUAUGAAUGGUUCUUAUGGUUGUGUUCAGUUCUUCAUAUUAGAUCUGACAGUAUGAAUGGUUAUUAUGGUUGAAAAGUACAUUCAUCUUUAGAUAGCCAUGUGAGUGUUGGAGGAAAUUAUAGUUGAAAUGAUUAAUUAUGUAUACAUUUAUUUAAGAACCAUUUAUUUUAAUACUAUUAUGUUAUGGUAUGAAAUGUAUGGGUUCUUGGUUAAGCUGUUACUGAAAAUAUAAGUAAAACAAAUGAAUUGUCUGUACCUUGCGGGAAAGGGAGAAGGAGGGCAUAUAUCUUUUCUGACAGAUAAGAAUGGUCUUUGAUGUUCCAUUAGUGGAGGAGAAGAUGUCUUUUAGACAGAUUGGAAUGUUUGUUUUAUGAGGGGAGUAGAAGAAGAUAUCCAGACCUGAAGACACUGCGCUAUUGUGUGGAUCGGAGAGGGUGUGAGAAGCUGAUGUCAUUUUAUGUUGUCUCUUUAAAAUGUAAGGUUCUUUGUAUUUUUGGUCAGUACUCUCUUGAAAUAAACGCUGUUACCUGAGUUUAA